UGUUCUCAAUGGGGAUGGCAGUCAAGCUCUUAACCUGGGGACGUUACAGACGGACGUUUCUCAUGAAUGGGAGUCAGAUUCCAGGCCGAGGAGAGACGCUGUUUGUUGUCAGACGCAAACAACACUCACUUUUAAUUACAUCAAUCUGAUUGAAUAUUUUAAGAGCGCGUUUUUUCAGAGACAAGUUUCGCCGCAGCGGAGGAGCACUACUCUGGAGACUGGGUGACAUGGAAAACAGCUGUGAGACUGGGAGAUGCUAGCAAGGAAAAGGGGUAAAAGGGCAACGCUGAGGAACCAUCUGUGGUUGGUUUAGAGGAGACUGCUGAACUCUGCAAUGCCCGAAGACGCUCAUAAGGACGCCAUGAGAACACCUGCGACCCCGGAGAAGGCCAAUAACAAUGAGCGCCCUGCAGCCACUGUAACGGCGGUCAACAUCCCCCUGGUCAAUGAAGUCCAGCUGACUGCAGCCACCGGUGGGACGGAGCUGUCCUGCUAUCGCUGCACCGUCCCAUUUGGCAUAGUGGUGCUCAUCGCGGGCAUCGUAGUCACCGCCGUGGCCUACAGCUUCAACUCACACGGAUCAACCAUCUCGUACUUCGGCCUGGUGCUCCUCUCGGCCGGACUGGUGCUCUUAGCGUCCAGCGCCGUCUGCUGGAAGGUGAGACUGGAGAGGAAGAAGGAGAGGCGACGAGAGAGCCAAACCGCCCUGGUCGUGAACCAGAGGAGUAUUUUUACUUGAACUUGAUCAGUUUGAACAACACAAAUCUUGAUUUCUAGAACCUGUAAAGGCCUGAUCUUCACAUGGUUUGGAGCUGGAGAACCAACUGUAGGCAGAUGUUGUCCCCCAUGGAUGUCCGACCUGUAAAAGCUUUGACCGCAGACUCUCAAGGCCCAGAACUUAAACCUUUGAAGGCAUCGUAAGGGAUCUAUUUGUCAAACAGACGCUGAGCAUCUGGCGAACUGGGAACUCAGCCAAAAGGAAUGUAUCACAAUUAAGAUGAAUUACCACUGUGCAAAGCCAUGUAGAGGAAGUCUCCCAUUAAUCUGCUGUUGGAUGUGGCGGCUUUGAUUGUAAUGGGAGGGAUUGUGGUUUAAAGAGCCCAGGAAAGGAGAAGGAAACUGGAAAAUCCAGGACAAUGAUUCAUGUCUCAUUUUCUACACUUCAACUUGCACAUAUCUGUUAUUGUUCAUCUCACAGGGAAUUAUUAGGAAUUGCCUGUUAUGGAAGUAUGGUACUGUUAAAAAUCUGCCAAUAUAUUCUGUCCAGCACAUAAGAUUAGAUGGCAGGUGAUGUUAUACACACAGAAUAUUUAACCUUUAAUAUGUAUUCACUUAAAGCACUUUGAUCCUUCAUAAUCAUCAUAUUCAGUAUUAAACAACAUUAAAUUCAAUAAGUGAUGCAUCCAAAGUUUGAGUACUAUUGCUUAUCAUGGUGAAUAUGGAACAUUUAAAUUGUGUUGUGGCAAUGCUCUUAUUGUCCACGGUGUACUUCCAUAUUGUAAAAAAUAUUACAUGUAGCAUAUGUUUUUUUUUUUUUUUUGAUAUAAUCAUUUGCAUGUAUUAACA